AUUUAGCAGAAAGUAUUCAGCGUUUUGUAGUUAAUUCUCUGCUCUAACGCCAAGCAAUUUUUUCCUGCCGCCAUCACGUUCUUUGUAUCAAGCAGAGACGAUCCCGAGUUCAGUGUCUUUGCUGGCAUUAGCUAACUCUACAACUCACUGUUAUAUUUCUACACCUAUCAAUAACUCCACCACCACCACCACCACCACCACCACCACCACACCACCACUACUACUACUACUACUACUACUACUACUACUACUACUACUACUACUACUACUACCACCAUCACUUACCAAUAAAGAAAAACAAGGAAGCAAAGCAGAAUUACUGGCCUGUUAAAGGCGAUACGAAUCCUUAGUUCUGCGACCAAACAGCGGACAAACUCUUUGGCUACUGGACCAAUUGGAUCAAGAAAAUUAGUUACACUAAAAAACAUAAGGCCAGGAGCGUCUUUUGAAGGGGCUCCGAGAAAAAACUGAAAAAUUUCUUGGUUUUUUUGCUGAAUGAAAGCUUUGUUACUGGAUUACGUUAUAAACAAACUCCGGAGCUUCGGAAGUCCAUCCCCAAACCUGGGAACGACGGAAGGAACCACCGUUUGGUAUUGAUACCAAGGAAAGAAGUCAGGGAAGCCAAUACAGUUUCUACUUUUGGCCAUGAACACCCUUUCGCUGUUUAUAAUCCUCAUUAUAGGCGUGACACCCUCUGCCGGCGAUGCAGUAUAUAGCCCAAGUAUUGUCCAGAUCUGUUACUACAAAGUCAUGGGCAAAAGCCCAAAUGAUGCAGUCUUGUCCCUCAAUACCUAUAGCAUGCAACAAUUUAAGGUCUUCUGCGGGUCCUACCCGAAGUAUGUGAAUUGUCUGACCCGAGGCAUUAGUAAAUCCGACGAGGAGCAGGACAUGUUCCUCAAUUUGCUCUAUCAAAACGAUUCGAUGCACAUCUCAUACGCGGGAAUCUGCCAUGACGUAGACGACCUUAUGAGAGGUAUCAAAUGCUUGGAGAUAACCAAUGAGUUGAAAAAAUGCUAUCAUGAUUUCGCCACGGCAAUUGGACAAAUGAUGGAGAAAUUUGAAACGCCUCUACCUAAUCAUCCGAUUAGCAAAGAGCUGAAGGACGUAGCCUGCAACAUAACCGUCGCAAGAUAUAGAUGUGAACUUGCCCUCUACAGACGCUGCAAUCGGAGAGUUGGACAAAUUAUGUCGAACUUCUUGUACGGAGCAUUACCCACUCGGUGCCAGACGCGAAUGAGUGUGAGAUCUGAGUACACUGCUUUGUAUGGAAGUAGUAAUAUCAGCAGAGUUACUUCCCCUUGGCUCGUGGUGUUCUUGUGUGUUUUACUCACCUUGCAAUAAAGUAUCUGUACUGUUCUUCGCAGUUUCUGUU